AUGAAAACUCUCAGCUUGAAACCACUUCUUUUUGGGAAAGUNAUCAACGUGCUGGGCUUGCUGCUUUUCGUGCACAUCAGCUCCGACGACGGGGGGGACCCGGAGCCGAGGAAAGAGCCUCCUGGCGCCGUCCAGGAGGCGCCCGUAGUACUGCCCGUUUCUUCCGGCAACUUGGACCCUCAGGCUCUGCCUCGCCUGCAGGGCAUUAAGGUGGGCCAUAAACAGAAGUUGCAACUGGUUCCUAACAAAAUCCAUGUUAUGAAAACUCUCAGCUUGAAACCACUUCUUUUUGAAAUCCCAGAUUUCCUGAGUGAAGAUGAAUGUAAAUUAAUUAUACAUUUGGCUCAGCUGAAAGGCCUACAGAAAAGCCAGAUUUUGCCCACAGAAGAUUACGAAGAAGCUAUGGAAAUGAUAGAUAUCAGCCAGAUGGAUAUCUUUAAUCUGCUAGAUCACAACCAGGAUGGACAACUGCAACUUAAGGAGGUGCUGACACAUACCCGCCUGGGAAAUGGUAGGUGGAUGACACCUGAGAGCCUCCGGGAAAUGUAUGCCGCAGUCAAAGCAGACCCCGAUGGUAAUGGUGUUCUGAGUUUGGAAGAAUUUAAACAAUUGAACAUUCGAGACUUUCACAAGUACAUGGGUAGCCGAAAAGUGAAAAUGAGCGAUCUGGUGAGGAACAGCCAACAUACAUGGCUGUACCAAGGUGAGGGGGCACAUCAGGUCAUGCGCUCCAUACGGCAAAGGGUAAUUAACUUAACCCAUCUGUCGCCAGAGAUUGUGGAGCACAGCGAACCGAUGCAGGUCGUCCGCUAUGACCAGGGAGGACAUUACCAUGCUCAUAUGGAUAGUGGACCAGUGUUUCCUGAAACUGCCUGUAGUCACACCAAACUGAUUGCCAACGAAAGCGCUCCGUUUGAGACAUCUUGCCGCUAUGUGACAGUACUGUUCUACCUAAACAAUGUGACGGGAGGAGGCGAAACUACUUUUCCUAUUGCAGAUAACAGGACUUACGAAGAGUUGUCUCUAAUCCAGAAUGACGUUGACCUACGUGAUACUCGAAAGCAUUGUGAUAAGGGAAAUCUACGUGUGAAACCUCUGCAAGGCACUGCCAUUUUCUGGUAUAAUUACCUGCCCGAUGGGGAAGGCUGGGUUGGCGAUGUUGAUGAAUAUUCCUUACAUGGAGGCUGUCUGGUCACUGAAGGAACCAAGUGGAUUGCCAACAACUGGAUUAACGUUGAUCCCAAUAAAAGGCGACAGCUCCAGUUCCAGGAGGAAAUGGCUCGAUACAUCAACAGUGAAAACGAGGACCAAAGCGAAUGGACUGUGGACAAAUCCUACAGCAAUGUGCAUGUAGAGCUGUAA